AUGCAGCUUCUGCUGGCUGAGCUUGUGAACACUUGCCUGAGUGUCGGCAUGGUGCCAACAUGUGCCAACCUUCACAAUCUGAAGGGGCCUGGCCAAAGGCCCAUGGCCAACAUGGCCAACGUGGCCAACGUGGCCAACAUGGCCAACAUGGCCAACAGGGUACCUGCGCAAUCGCCUUUGGCAUCGGGUCCCGGCACAGACACCGCACGCCUCAUGGCCCUGGACGCGGAGGAGAAGGCGCUUAUGCAGGAGGUCUUGUCUCUGGAGCAGAGGGCCGCAGCCUUCGGACACAAGAAGGUGCCGCAGUCACCUAGAGAAUCGCCACCCGCACGCAGCCCUGGCAGCCGAAGGCGCCAGCUGCGACCACCGCAAAGCAGGGAGGAGAGCGCUGAGGAAGAGGCGGAGGUCAUCGACCCCACACCUCCUCGACCUGCGCCGAAGGGCGUUGCGCCUCCCCGAGCGGUCGAUGGACGUCAGCCCAAGGUUCCGCCACGACCGCCGCGACCUGGCCCGAGGUCACCGUGA